GAGGAGAACGAGAAUGAACAGCCGCAGGAUAACGACUCGCAAACGUCCACUUCGUCGUGCGUUUCAAAAAUGGAUUAUACACUGCCGAAAUAUCGCAAUAACGUAAGUCCCGCGAUCGACAAGAUUGUGCGAAUGAUGAACAUGCCGAGCUUGAUAACCUCUCAGGACUCGUCCAGCGGCUUGCCGAUGAAUUGCAUUUCAUCGCCCGGUUAUUGUUGCGACGGUAACGAGAAUUUCGCAGUUCCUGUCAUGGCUAAAGAACAUUUGGAUAUAUGCUUCUCAAGUCCGAAACCGUUUGUCAGUGCUUAUAAAAGAGGCAGCGCGGAGGAUCGCGAAGAUCCGCAAUCGAGGACGAUGAAAGAGAUCGAGCCCUCGUUGUGUCAGAUCGGGCAAGAAUCUAUGUCGGGUUGGCAAGAAAUCGCCGAUCCGGAUGGCGAGCCAAUCGUGGAUUCUUCACGUUACGAGGAUAAGAUCUACGUGUCCGAGGUGCACUUCUUACUGAUGGUCUCCAAUAGGAAUCGAAGGGCUACUUUAUCUGAAGAAUCACGAAGGGAUUCCAAAGAUAGCGCUUUUAGUGAAUUUAUGGGAUCCGAUGAAGAGUAAGCGGAGAUUUGUCAUUGAUACACGUGAAACGAGGAAUAAUGAAUCAGCGAAAAUCACGAAAAUUGGCAAUAGCGGACGUCGUUAUCUCUCAUUUUCUUUUGUGAAUUUAAUUUUUAAUUUUGAAAAAUGUGUGUUUGAUACAUAAUUAUUAUAAUAAUGAAUCAAUUACUUUUAAUCAAUCAGAUCAUUUGAUAUUAGAGCGCUGCAUGUUGGCAUAUUAAUUGUUCAGUUUGAAAUAAUGUAAAGUUUCUUAUCAUAUAACGCGAUAUAUUAUAUCAAAU